UCUAACUUCGUGUUAAUCAAUGAAACAUUAAUCACUAUUGAACGGAAUUUUUCGAAAUAUCAAGAUGAACGAAGAGAUAAACGAUAAGAUAUUGAAAGAAUCAAAACUGUUUAGCGCGACAGAGAUUAUACAAUAUCUGUUGGAAAGAUCGGAUUGCAAGAAGAACGAGGAUGAGAAGGGGCAGGGCGCAAUUCCGUCGGAAUAUAUGAGGCAAAUGUCGAUGACGACAGAGGAGAGAACGAGGCAUCUCUUCAAGUUGAGGAACAAGUUUAAUUACUUUUUUUUCUGCCCAGAGGAUUGCAACUUCGAGAUAACUCCUAGUGUCGUCAUUUUUCAACAAUUCACUGUUGGAAAUGCUUUAACCGUGACAGUGACCGUUCAAAACAAGACGAAGAUUCCAAGGUACUUGAAGACGUCCUGUGAAUUGGAUCCUUGCUUCAGCGUUGAGCAUCGAGGGAGUACUUACUCGAUGAUGAUAGCUCCUGGUCUUGCUAAUUGUUACAAUGUCAAAUUUACUCCUGAGAAAAAACGAGACUACCAAUAUCUAUUAAAAUUCACCACUGACAGUGGACAAAUGAUCGUGCCUGUUAUAGCGAUCGGAUCGAGAGGAAUUUUAGAUUUUCCCGAUAGAAUUGAACUUCCAUCGACAGCAGUGAAGAUUCCUUCCACGAAAACGAUUUUUGUGCGCAACGUUGGAAACGCAGAGGCAAUUUUCACUCUUUAUACCAACGACUCACGUUUCUGGAUCGAACCGUCCAAGGGUAGAAUAGAGGAAGAAGAAUCCUUGCAAUUUACCGUGUACUUUUCAUCCAACAAAGCUGGUGAUUUUCAAGGAAAAUUGUUUCUCGAAUAUGAAACAGGAGAAAAAUUGCAAAUAGAUCUUCAAGGUUCCGCAGAAAAUUGUACUAUCAGAAUCGAUAGGGGUAGUGUUAGAAUGGAAGAAACUUAUUUAGGACUGUCCAGAAGCAAGACUCUCACGAUUCACAAUAGGAGCGAUUAUAUUGUUAAAUAUAAAUGGAUGUUGCUUAAAGAUGAAGAUGAGGACAAAAAACGAAAAGAAGAGUACAAAAAAUUAUAUCAUAUGGUCUACGAUGCAGAGCUGAUUCGUUGUGUGGAUCUCGAAUAUUAUAACGUGUGCACCCCUGAUAUACAUAAAUUAAUUUAUCAACGAAUUUAUGCGGACGAAUUGGAAUCAUUAACGAAAGAAAGUUUUCCAUACAAUCACCUGUUCUUUAUAUUUGCACCACAGGAGGGUGAAAUUUGGCCACGAUCGUCCACCGGUGUUACAGUAUUCUAUCGUGCCAUAGAAAUCGGUGAAGUAACGAGCAUUGCAUAUUUAGAAGUAACUGGAUUAGAAAAUAGAAUCCCAUUAAGUCUUUAUGGAAUUGGGAAGGGACCGGUUCUUCGUUUAAACGUGCUCACGAUCGACGUAGCGAAUAUUUAUCUGUGUUCUGUGCAUAAUUACGAGAUAAUAGUCGCGAACAAGGGACACAUUCCUGGAACGUUGGUCCACAAGCCAAAACCGAGCGAUUUUGGGGGUACAAUUGAAAUAACACCUAUUUGCCUUACAUUGGAACCAAAUCAGCACAAAUCUUUCAAUUUGUCAUUUUCCUCGAAUCGAAAGGGAGAUUUCGUAGAAAGGGUGGAUUUCGUCGUGAAAGAGAGCCUCGAAGUGCUCAGCUUACACAUCAAGGGUUGCAUCGUUUGUCCAACAUUGCAUUUCGACAAAGACAGCCUCGAAUUUGCAACAACUGCCCUAGGAUUCAGUACUCGACACGAGGUGAAUCUGAACAACUUAUCCUUAAUGCCAGUGGCGUUUACCAUAACCGUGCUCGACGAUGGGGACCAACCACCAUUAACUCACGAAGAAUUUACCAAAGCCCCCACGAAAUACAGUUUCCCUUCGAAUCCUCGGGAAUUUCACAUCAUCCCCGAAGAAGGGGUUGUUUCAGCCCAGGAUGUACUCAAAAUCAAAAUCACUUACAUAGCUAAUAUUGCUCGUGCUGGUCACACGAUAAUCCAAGUCGACAUGAAAGACUCAGAUUUAGAUCCAUUACAGUUGCCAGUGAAAUUCUAUGGUCGUGUGGCUUCGUUACUGAUAGUGCCAUCGGAUAUCGUCUUCCGAUUUUGUUUUAUCAAUUUCCCUUAUUCGAGAUCUUUUACAGUGAAGAAUACUUCUGAUCUGGAUGGAUAUUUCUAUAUUCUACCGCAACAGGUUACGGAACACACAGCCGUGAUCUGUUCCCUGUCAGUGUAUCAAGGAUACAUCAAAGCGAAUCAAUCAAAAACCAUUAAUGUAACAAUCAUCACGAAGGUUUUGGGUACAGAGAAAGUUACCCUCAAUAUGUUAACAAUGGGAGAAAAAUCAUCGAGCACGAUCUGCAUUGUCACCUGUACCGGUCAGGGACCAGUGAUUUCUGUAGAACCAAUAGUUUUGGAUUUUGGAGACAUACAGGUUCUCGAAGAGAAAACAAUGGAACUAUUAGUGAUCAAUGAUUCACCGAUACCUGCUCAUUUUAAUGGAGCUUUGGAGAAAAUGAAUUCGUUGUGGACGAUGGAUCCAGAGAGUGGAGAUCUGGAACCGGAUAAAACCAUCACAAUUACAGUGAAAUUGUUCCUUCGCGAUGUGGGAAAAUUUAGAAAUACUGUUUUGUUGUCUGUUCUAAACAGCAGAACGAUUCAUGUCGAAAUUAAAGUGACUGGAAUCGGAUGCAGCGUUGUUUUUGAUCCGAGCAUAUUCCCUGUAUACGACUUAGGCCUUCUUUUCAGCCAUCACUUAAUAAAUCGAACUAUAACUCUAACAAAUUAUGGAACACGUGCUCAUCAAAUAAUCUGGGCGAACGAACCGGAAAUACAGUUCUAUCGUGGUCAAAUAUUGCAGACAAAGAGUUCCAAGUUUCAAUUGCAUCCUAUGAUCCUAGAUAUUCCAGCCGAGGAAUCGAGGGUUGUUCAAUGCAAUUUAUCGUGGGAACAAAACGAGUGUGUACUCGAAGAUUGGUAUGUUUUUGCAACGAUUCAAGGAAAAGGAAAACGUGAAUUGAUCGGUAAAUCUAUUUUCAAAGCCACGCUAACGAAACCGCAAAUCUUGUUCAGUAAAAGAGAGCUUACGUUUCGAGUCGACGUGUGCCCUGAGGGUGAUAAAUCACAGCAGAAAGACGAACUGCUGGUAACGAAUCAAUCGAACCUGGACUUAAACGUGCAAUUAUCCGUGAAAACACCGUUUUAUUUGUUGACCACCGCGAAGGAGCGCGUGCAGAGCAUGAAAGUGAUUUUAAUCGAUAAAGCAACCACGAACAUCUCCGUAUUUUUCUUCAUAGACGAGCAAUUCAAAGAUCUCUAUUCGCGCGUCGACACUGGACAACUUCUGUUGGAAUACAUGGAACACCCAAAUCAAGAUAAAAUCCCGUGCAAGGCUUACGUGAAUUUCCCGAAUUUAAUCAUCGAACCCAAGGAUAUCGUCAUUGAUUGCGAACUCGGUUGCAGCGCCGAGAAAGUGUUGGCUUUGACCAAUAAUGGGCCAGUGACGGUCGUGUACAAAUUCUUGUGGAUUGCGGAUUCCAUCGAGAUAGAUAGAGACACGAAUAGCGAUCAGGUGUGCCCAGAAUGUUCCCCUCCUCAGACAGGAUUAGAUUUUUAUAAAAUGGAAAAUAGGAAAAGCGAUGAUGUUUGUGUAAACGAUAGACAAGAUGGAAGCGGAGAUGGGCCACUGCAAUCCAUACAACCCCCCACAAAUUCGCCUGUUUCAGAGACGCUAAAAUUAAAACCGGAAGUAUCGAGUGCUAACGAUUCCGAAACGAAUGAUUGCACCGUGACUGCUGAAGAAAUGAGAGAAUUUUUAAUGCCCAUUUUUGGAAAAUAUUUUCUAGAAGACGAGGAUAUCGUCGUUCUGAAGAACUUGAGCUUCGAACCUCCCAAAGAUCAUUAUAUAAACGAAGUGGUGAAAAUCGUUCCGAGGGAGGGUACCGUGCCACCGUAUUCCGUGCACCACGUUUACCUGGGAUUUCACGGUUUCCAACGGCUUCGAGUACAAGCUAAGGCGGUCUGCGAAAUUCUUCGAGGACCAACCGAGGAGAUUCGCCUAAUUGCUCGAGCUGACGUCACUCGAUUCUCUAUCGACACCGACGUCAUUAAUUUUGGUCAACAAAUGUUCCUGGGAAGCACUCGUAAGAGCUUCGCCUUACGGAAUCUCGGCACGACGACGUUCCAGUAUAAAAUAAAUGGCACGAUACUACCGUCUUCCAACGAAAAGAUCGAUCGUCUCGAUAUGAAUUCGCUAAAAGUCGAACCAUACACGGGUUACGUGGAUCCUCAGUUAUUCGUGGAAAUUCAGGUGGAACAUUGCGCAGAAAUCCUCGGACCGAUCCAUCAUCGAUUUCAACUAGAGAUUAAUCAUUUGAUGCCUGUGACUGUUAAAGUGAUCGCCUACGGAGCAUUCCCCCAAGUCUACCCUUGCAUACCGAAAGGCAAAUUACAUCAAUAUCAUUCUGUCGAAUUGGAGUACUUUGCUAUCCAAUCUCUAACCGAGGAUUUCUUCAUCAACAUGCUGGACGAUAUCAAUUUCAAGGAGGGUAACGAUCUACCCAAAGAAGAUAUUGAAACUUUGACCAACGAAGGAUGGUGCAUUAUUUCUUACGAAGAAACGUUUCCUCGCGUCAUGGAUAUCGACAUGGCGGUGGAAAGACACUUGGCAAGAAAGUUCGUCGAUGCAAAUUCAUACAUUUUAAUACAGUACGCCAGCAGACAGAAAAACCAGCCAAUCCCCCAACUUUUCUCGACCGAGUACAUCAUCGACAUGAAUUACGUGAUCGUCGACUGCGUCGCUCAUUAUUCAGCGAAGAUAAUUAAUUAUGGCCCGUGGGACGUGGAGAUGAGAAUGAAGGAGACAAGAAGAAAGGAGGUGCUCGCGAAAUCUGGCAUUCUAGUGCAAUUUAAGAAGCACUCGAAAUUAGUGGUAGACGAUUCCGCUGUUCUCCACAUAACUUGGCAUCCGACUCGAGAAAGAUUCUCCGUAAGAAGCACGCCAGUCAGACACACGAUCCACAUACAGGUGAUACAUGGAUGCACGAUUCCCAUAGUGAUACAGGGAAUAGUAACCUACCCAUAUAUUACUGUGAACACGAAACUUUUGGAUUUUCAAGAAGUCGUCGUCGGGGAAUGCUUGGUUCUAUCCAUCUUGAUGAAAAACGAAGGAUUGAUCGACUGCAAGUGGGAGGCAAAAUUAUCAGGAACUCGUAAAAAGCAGCAAGAAACUUACCCCUUUUACGUGCAGUAUAAUUCUAAUCAUAUUCCUCCUGGUCACGAAGAAAUCAUUCGUAUCAACUUCAAACCUCAACAAACCUGCAACGUAGAAGCUAAAUUGAAGAUAAUCGUGAAGUUCAGUCUGGAAAGUCAAGUGAUUACGUUGAUCGGCCGUGGAAUCGAGAAACAUUUAAAUGUAAUUGAACCUGAUAUUCAAUUCGAACCAAUCGUACCUUUCACAAAGAUUCAAGAAACAAUUUUCACGAUUGAAAACCCUUGCGAUUAUCCUGUGGAAUUUUUCUGGCAUCAUUUGGACGAUUCUUUUCAAACGGAGGAUCAAAUCAUAAAGACGCUAUUGUAUUAUUAUCAAGCAAAGGAAAUAUUUUUGCCUCCAAGAAAACCUGGCGAUUCCAUACCUACAAGUUUCUUUCAAUUUUACGAGCAACUUGUGAACGAGAUGGCUCGCACGAUGGUAACAGAGGAACCUGAAGGAACCUUGCUGGAAGACGAACAGUCUGAUGUUAAUGAAAGGAAAGAGACGGAUGCAGAACAAGAAAGAACAAGCAAAUUCAACUUGUCGAAGAGGAGACUAAGGAAACGGGAUAGUAGAUCUACUAAACGAUCGAGAAAGAAAACGAGCGUUCGUGGAUCCAGUCGUCAUGGAAAAAGAAGCGAUAUCUUCAGCGAAGCUUCCAGCAUAGAUCUGGAGAGAAAUGAUUGUCCAACAUUUUCAAUUUUAAACGAAAGUGUGGUAGAAUUCGUACCUUUGCCUACCAGUGAUCCUGAAGAGAUUCAGAGACUGCUUUUCUGCUACAUAGACGCUCUGUAUCAAACACCGGAUAUUUUGAAUAAAUUGAAAGAUCCUGUGAAGGAAUUAUUCAAUGAUUCAGAAGAGAAAUCAGACGAUCUUCCUGAUCCUUCGAAACCGAUGAAAAGAGUCUGCAUUAUUUUCCAUGGAGCACCUUUUACAGGGUAUCAAGAAACUGCAUGCAAAAGUGCAAGAGCAUUACAAAUACCUGUGCUUAACAUCGACAAUGCGAUUACUGAAAUAAUAGCACUUGGGGGGAAUUCAUGUUCAAUUCAAUUGCGACAAAUUAUCGAUGAUGCUUAUGAAAAUUAUUCGGAAGAUUUCGAAAGACACAAGAAUCGUUUGAACAUGAAAGUCGAUCGCAAAGAGGGAACAGAAUCACCAACCGAUGCAGAAACGCAACGGGAUGAGGUGACGAACGAACCAUCUUCAAGAACAAAAAGUUCAAGAACGAAGAGUUCGAGAAAUCCUUCGAGCAAGAAGUCUUCUCCGAAGAAAGGAAAAUCCUCCAGGUCGAAUAAAACUGAUACUUCAAACGCGCAACAAGAAGUUUUCCUUAAAUUGCACGCGGAGUCCGAUUAUUUGAAGGAGCUCAAUAAAGUACCUGCAAUCGAUGUACUGGAACUGCUGGAUCCUUUGAGCCGAUACGAAUAUAAAAUUCAAGGUCUUUUAUUGCUGGAAAAGAUACUCGACGGUGGAAGUCCAAGGAAGAAACAAAAUGCUUCGUUCCUUGGAAUCGCUCAGGAAUUGCUCGUCGAAGCUGUCGAAGAACGAUUAUCCAUGGAGGAUUUCGAAAGCGGUUUUGUUCUGCAGAGUUUGGAAAGCAAUUUUCUAUGCAACAGCGUCGUCGACGUUUUGCUUCUUUUAUUGCGGAUCAUUGGCCACGUUGAGUACUUCCUGUUCGUUACUUUCUUUAAUUCGAUGGCCAAUUACAAUAGCAAAGUCGGUGAGCUUCGACGAGAACAAGCGGAGAAAAUGGUCGAUGUUGGCAAGAAAAUUCAGGACAUUCGCGAGAUGACGUCGUCCCAAUACGAUCUGCUUUCAGAACAAGAUAAGAAGCUGUAUCUAGAUGCAAUUUUGCCUGUCAAAAGGGCGGAAGCAGCCAAAAGAAAAGCCAGAUAUCUUGAACGAAUGAUGGAGCAUAAAAAGAAAAAGGAGGUUCGUGGACGCGUUACGAACUCGAAGACGUCGAAAGUAAAAGAAAAUCCUAAGUCGAAAUCAGGAAAGAUAAACAGUAAAAAGUCCACGAAUUCGAAACAUUCCAGCAAACGAGAUACAACUGGCAGCAAAGCAACGAGGAGCAGGGAUAGCCCGAGACAAAAAAAAGGUGUUCCAACGGAAGUUAAAGAGAUCACGAUGGCAAUGGAUCAAUAUUACUUGGAUCUGUUAGCAAUCAAGAACGUAAUUAGCAACUGGGACCCAAUUAAGAAGAUUCUGUUGCAAGAAUCACCUUCCUCUGCUAAAAGUAGAAUACCAAAGAGUGCGAAAUCCAAAGAUGUAGGAAUAUUGGACACCGCCAGAGAGAAGCAGGCACCAAUAAAUAAUUUUCACGUUUGGUACGUGCGAUCCAGUGAUCCUUGGCAGGAUAAAAUAUAUGAUAUGGUGACUGGACAAAUGAGUCAAAAUUCUUUGGCAAAAUCUGCUCUUCCAAUCGAGGUUGUACCCGAGCCAGAUCUUGAACCAAAAUUGUACUCCAUUCUUAAGACAAGAAAUUUUGAAAAACGAAGCAGUACUAUAGACGAGAGUACCUAUCAAUUGGUAUCUAUCAGUUCGGUACCAGAAAUUCCAUCGGUCGUCGAAUCAAUCUACCCGAGCGAGCUGAGCAUGCAAGAAAAUCGAGCGGAAAAUCGAAGAAAUCGGAAAAGUCGUGGACAAAGGAGGAACAAAGCGGAAGAGCAAAGAUCGAGCAAAACUGAAGAUUUUUCUUUGAUCGCAUCCACGAUCGACAGCAUCGACACGAAUAAUGUCUCCAAUUUGGAGACGAUUUUAGAAGAGCCCUUGAAAGCACGUUGGAUCUUGCUUCCGAAAGAGUGCCACAGGUUCAAGAUCCGCUUUCAACCGGAAGUAACAGGGUUCCAUGAACAAAUGUACGCGUUCACCAUCGUCGAUGGGAAUAAUAUCACUUAUCAAGUGAACGUCAAUGGUAUUGCUGACGUGCCAAAAUUAGAUAUGAAUCCAAAGACGAUUUUCGCAAAGACUGCAAAUAGCAAAUUGAACGAAACAUACAUCCCUACAUAUUUCUUGGACAGUGGGAUUUAUGAUUUUGGAACGAUGCUGGUACUUCGAAAGGACAAAAGGCCUCACCGUCGAGAAGCCGAGCUAAAGUUUUGCAACAUCUCCAAGGUGGACGUAGAACUUCAUUUCUUCCUGGCUAAGAACAAUCCUGAAUGUUUCUUCGUUCAAUCAGAGGAGCUUCUGAUCGCUGCUGGCAACAGUGAGUCGCUGGUUUUAUCCACAAUCGCAACGAAAUUUGGAAUAAUUUCAGAAAAAUUGUACUUGUGCGUGAAAAAUAAUCCCAAAGUCGAAGUGAUCGAGUUGCAGCACGAGGGUACGAAAUUGGAUAUCGAAUUGGAGAAGAAGCAAAUAUCCUUCGAUCGUGUGCUCCUUUAUCGAAUGGAAUAUCAAAGUCUAAUCGUGAGGAAUAAAUCAGCAGUGCCACUUUUUUGGUCCUUGAAAGCUGAAGAACCUGCCGAAGCUCAGAUAACAUUUUCACCAUCGGAAGGAACGAUUGAACAGCAGGGUGAACAGAAAGUUGAAUUUUGUUAUCAUGGCACCAAGGUCGGUGUAACAGAAAAGAAAGCGACGAUAUUCGAGGCGUUCUUAUACGAAGAAGAUAAGGAAGCAAUUUUCACAGACACCAUUUUGCUGACUGGCGAAACUUACGACGUCCAGGUCGAUAUCAAUUACGCGAAUCCCAUCGAUCUGAACUAUAUAAAAGUCGGCUUUCCUACUACUGGUUCGUUCACCAUAAAAAAUCGUGGCAAUUACGAGGUGAAAUACGUAAUCACGUUGGAAGAAAAGGAAAAAUUGGAACAAUUAAAUUUGCCGAAAAAUUUGAAGAAGGAUCUUCAAGUUCAACCUGUCAGUGGUUCUAUACCAUCAAAGAAAGAAAGAAUCGUAGAGGUGGUUUUCGUACCGAAGGCUGAGUUGUCUUUGAAAAAUGCUCCAAUAUUAAAGUGCCAUUUAUUGGAUACUCAAAAGGGGACUGCAAUAAUCGCUGAAAUACCUCUUACUGUUUCUCUCAUUGCAUAUUACACCAGAUUUCGAGUCCACCCUUAUCCCCUGAUCGAUUUUGGAACACUGGCCAUAUGCACCGAGAAAACCAUGUACCUGAACAUCGAGAACACUGGAAAAUAUCAACUUUGUUAUACUAUAUUCAACCCAUUGAAGCAUCCGUCGGUACUUUAUAUGAGUCAAACAGCAAAGCAAGUGGCAGCUGAUUCCGCAGAAAAAUGGUCAAAGAGAAAGAAAAAAUCUCCCAGAAAUGAUAAAAGUCAUGCCAAAGAUAGUUUGGAAGUAGAGCAUUUAACAAUGGGACCAAUGACUGUCACGAAAAUGAUGGGCCAGAUCGAGCCAGGUGAAACCGACACAAUUGCCAUCAAUUGUUUCCCGGAAUUCGCGGGCUCUCAGGAGGAACGAAUGACUGUUCUCGUGAACGAUACUGUUCCGGAAAACAGAAAUGGAAAAACUAUUACAUUAUCGGUGAAAUCAGCUGUUCCUCGUAUUGAUUUCCACGACUUCGAUUCGAUGUUCCAGGAAAAUCAUGUGGUCGAUCGAAUUCAGGACUUCGAAUGUCCCAAAGAGAUCGGACCGCACACGGUGUUCGCGCGACAAGAAGCCGCUCUCUACUUCCGGCGUAUCAGGGUGCUGAGCACCCAUAGCACGUGUUUCAGACUGUACAAUCGCGGAGUAGUAUCGGCAAACGUGGACGUGCAUUUCCUAUCUGACUCUCUGAUACCGGAAACAGCGAAGCAAGACACAUUUCAAGUAGAGCCACGAAACGAAAGGAUCGCUCCUAUGAGUCAGAAAACGUUUACGAUUUCAUUCAAGCCCACAGCUAUCAACACGUAUCAAGGAAAUUUACAAAUGAUCGUGGCUCUGCCUAUUCAUCUGGGAGAAGAAAAGCUGUUCAUCAAGCUCGUAGGGGAAUCCUGUGUACCGGAAGUGGCAAUCGUGGAACCGAGCCACGGGAAACGAGAAAUGGCCGCUUUAAACUUUCCUCGUACUUUGAUUAACGAAGCUAGCGGGAGAUAUUUCAGCCUGGAAAAUACCGGGUUAAUUAAGGCGAAAGUAAUCGUGGAGAUCGAAGAAGAUUUGAAUGAUGUCUUCAAGCUUUCUCCCGUAUCUGACUCGCGCCAUUUCUUGCAACUUUUGGACAAAGAUCACGAUGAAUCUAACGACCGAUGCGUAAUGAUCCUUCUAUCCCCUGAAAACGUAGCCCGAUUCAAAGUCGCAUUUUCUCCCGAUGAAAUCGGGACAUUCUACGGGAAAGUUCGUAUGCAUAUCAUUGACAAUCCUUACGAAAAUUUAGUGAUAAAUUUGGAAGGUGAAUCGUACUUGGAGCUGGUAGUUUUGGAUGGUUUAGAGUUCGAUGAUAAUAAACGUAAAAAGAAAAGUAGAACUUCUUCCAGAUUACGAAGACUAUCAUCGAAACAAAAUUCCUUGAUAUCAAUACCGGCCAACUCGAGCCUCCCAGUGACACUGACUUACAACCUCGACUACGGUCUCUGUUUCGUUAGCAAAAUGUACAAGAAAACUUUCCGGAUCUUCAAUAAAUCCUUGGAUCGAUGGUUUCGUUUCCAAUGGGGCGCGCAUCCCCAUGUAGUGUUCAUGCCAACGAUCGGACACCUCAAGUACCAAACGUGCAAGGAAGUUGUUGCUACUUUCCUCGCGUCGGAACCAAUAAAUCACUCGAACGUUCCUAUCGAGUGCAGCUUAUGCGAAAUCAUACUGGUGGAUUCGAAGGGCGAAGCACCUUGGGACGACAGGCAAACUGAAGUUAAAUGGGAAAAGGUUCGGCCGGAAAUAGUGGAGCAAAUGAACGAAAUGGAAUUGCUGGCGAAAAAAAUCGUACAACCAACUGCAGAACCAUUACACGAGAUCACACCUGGAACCAGCAACAGUAUUAAUCUGUUGCUAAACGCGACCGUUGCGUUCUCAGAAUAUUCCUGUGAUGUUGAAGAAAUCCACUUCAAAGAUACCUUGAUGUUCCAGACCAGGGAAUACAAGUUUACGCUAACGAAUCCGGGAAUCGUAAACACGCUGUACGCUUGGAAGAUCAACAUGGACGAGCAAUAUCCAAAAAGAGAACAAGGAGACAGUUUACAUACUUUUUCCAGACGAAAAAUUGUUACCGAGUCUAGUUCUCAAUCGCCUUCGAAUGCCAAGAGAAUCUUUUCGAUUACCACCGAUUUCCCUCAUGGGAAAUUCGAUAAGUACAGGCAAGGUGGUACAGGCAGCGUGAAACUGUUCUCUUUACCAUGUACACCGCUGCAAUAUGACGCAAGAGCAGUUUCAACAAAGAGCAGUGCAAAAAAGUCAGAUCUCUUCAGUAGCACAGCUGGAUUAUCAGGGAGAACCGCUGACAGCUGGGUGGAAGACGAUCUACCAUUUUCAAUUUCCCCGGAAACAGGAAUGUUAUCGCCUCAAGAAUCCGUUCAAUUCACCCUGAAAUUCUCUCCGAUGGACGUGUUUCACUACAAAGCGUAUCUUAUAUGCAGAAUAGAUAAUAUCGAUCGAAACAAAAUGAACCUGACUAUACCAGUUGUGGGAAGAAGUUUGUUACCCUAUUGUCACUUCGACAUACAGGAAAGCGACUACGUAACUAGCGGCAGAAGGGAUGGAAAACUACCCGGUCCUGUUGGAUACGACAUAGAGGAUUCCAGCCUGUGGCAGAAUAUCAGGGUAAUCGAAUUUAAAGUGGUCGGCACCGGUGGCACCCACGUCAAAAAAUUUCAUCUGAUCAAUCCGACGACGGACGAUUACCAUUUCUCGUGGAAAGAUCGAACGUGUCGCGGCGUGGAGGAUAUAUCGAAUUUCCAUUGCACGGUAAUGGAAGGAAUGGCUGAACGCGGUAAACAAACCGACCUGGCUUUCACGUUUCUGGCAGAAAAUGUCGGCGUCUUCGAAUCUUUCUGGCUCUUCUCCAUCGCGAGAUAUAAUCUCAAGUGCCUUUUUCUGGUCGUCGGGAUCGUAACCGAACCGUCUGUGCACUGCCUCACGGUUCACGUGAAACUGAAGCCAACAAUUUUGGGUCACAACGUUCGUGACUCUAUUAGAUUAUUGAACAACGAGGAUUACGAUAUACCAUUCGCAAUUUUUGAAAAUUCUUUAUAUUCCGAGGGUAAAUUUCAAAGGCUCAGCGUUACUCCGAUGACCGGUGUUCUGGUGGCGAAAAAGGAACAGUUUCUCUGGGUCGAGUACCAUCCAACUCGGGUCGGCGAAUUCUACUUUUCCAUUCAGUGCGGCAUAAAACUGAUGAAAAGACCCCUCACGGUUUUCGUCACCGCAGUCGUUUACGAGAUCGUGUCUUCGGUUUCGUACAUCAGCCCCGGCCACGAAAUCGCGCAAGCUUUUCAAGACAAAGACAAUGUCAUCGACCUGGGCAGGCUGAUAAUGGAAUCAUCGACCACUAUCGAAUUCGAGGUGAAAAAUUCUGGCAAUGUGGCGUUUUAUUACACCUGGGACCUUGGUAUAACGCCAGAAAUUGCAUCUAGAGACGCUUACACGAUCUUGACUUCGCAGAAACAGGGACACGUAUUCAGCGAAUCUCAAUCGACCUGUUGUCUGACGUUAAAGACGCUCCGGAAGACGAUCAUCAAAGAUCACUGCGUCCUCCUGAAGAUUACCAAUGGUCCGAGUUAUCGAUUUCUGCUGAGAGCCAGCUCGAAGAAACCUGCCCUCGACUUCAGCUUCAGUCGCUACGAUUUCGGGCCCUGUUACAUCCAAGAGAACAACGGUAUCUCUUAUUACAAGGAGCUCCUUGUGCAGAAUUCCGAGAACGUGGCAUUCAUAGUCGAGUGCAAAUUCGAGGAAAAACCUCACCUGUCCGUCGAUCUCGCUUCGAUCUCUCAGGCCCUUGCAGCCAACUCCACGAUCUCUAUACCGAUCACUUUUAAACCAUUAAAGGAAACGAAGUACCGUGAGUGCUUGCUGUUCACGAUCAACUCGGCGAACGAAAGGAAAAUAACGAUCCUCGGCGAGGGAAUCACUUACAAAAUCCGUCUAGUGAAUCCUCGCGACAAGUGCAUCGACCUGGGCAGCGUGUCCGUUUCCAGGACCGUCACCAGGAGGAUCCCAGUGGUGAACGAGGGUUUGGCAUCGAUAGAUGUACGAUUCGAUUUGUUGAAGAACCUCAGCAGUUACGAGCAACACCGGGAACGUUCUCAGUGUUUAACGACGCAAAAUGUUGAAAGCACCCCUAUUGAUUUGGAACGAGCGUCCAUCAUGGAAACGAAACGUUCCUGGACCCAGGAUAUAGCGCUUCAGACCAAGGAGCCGAGGCUUUCGGAAGUAUUGAAAAUCGAACCGUCAACGAACGUCGUGUUGAAACCCAACAAGAGGACCAACGUGUUGGUCACUUUCAAAGCUACCUCGAGAAUAACACCGUUUCUGAGUAAAGUGGCCCUUCAGACUGGUUCAACUAUUAUGCCGUUGUUCGUUGUGCAAGGAAGUUGCGUCGCAGCCGAGUUCCAACUAAAUAGGACCCGGGUCUCAUUUGGCACGGUCGUCCAAGGCUACACUAGCGAGACUAGGGUGGUUUUAAUGAACACCGGUGACGUGGGUGCAAGGUUUAAAUGGAACACCUCAAAAUUACCAGAUGUGUUUAAAAUCGACCCUUUAAACGGCUAUUGCUCCCCUGGUAUGGAUAUCACUUUCAUGGUCAGUUUUCAACCCUAUGAAGAGGCCACUACGAUCGACGGUGAAGCAACGAUAGAAAUUGAAAAAUACGGUUCCCUGAGGACGAAAAUCACCGGAGGAUGCUGUCAACUUCCGGAACCAACAGAGACCAUCCUGUUCGAGUCUUUUGUACGCGAGAAAAGCGUGCAAUCGUUCGUUAUCAUGAAUGACACUCACCUAUCUUGGACGUUGAAGCCGGAAAUUACUGGUGACUACUUCAUCGUCGAAGAAGUGCUGAAGAUUCCUGCGAAGGGAUUCGGCUCUUGCGUGAUCACUUACGCACCUCUUACAAUGAACUCCGAGGACAACCUGCACACAGGAACGUUAUUGUUGAAACUACCAGAUGAAAAUACACCCAUAUUGUAUUCUCUUCAUGGAAGAAGCUUUCCGCCGGAAGCUACAGCAAUUAUUACACGCCAAUUUCCGGCGAAAACGAAAUAUACGGAAUCGUUGACUGUUCAAAACUGGCUCAAUAGACAACAACGAUUCAUAUGCAAAAUUGAAUUAUUAAAUAACGAUGAGGAGCAAUCGAAGAUACCUUUGUUCAAGUUUCUGGGCAACAACAGGAUUGAUGUACCAGCGAAUGGGCGACGAGAUUAUCGUGCUGUUUUUUAUUCUUACGAAGAAUCGGAAUUCAAUUUUAAAGUGUCGUUCAUCAACGAGGAUAACGAGUAUCAGUUUUAUAACAUAAACUACGAGGUCACGAAACCGGAAGUGAUCGAAUCGAUCAAAUUGACAGCCUCGGCGAGAUCUAAAGUGUGUCACGAGUUGAAAGUGGAAAAUCCUUUAGAAAAUAAAACGAUAUUGUACACGGCGAACUGUGAUCAUCCGUUUAUCGCUAUCCGCGAACUGCCGAAAACUGUACCACCCAUGUCACACGAGUAUAUUUAUGUACUGUACUGUCCAAUGAUACCUUCCGAAGAAACUAUCACGAUGCUCAACGUUAAUUCCCCAGAAUUAGGACAAUUUCCAUACGAAUUACGAUUAAAAGCUUUACCACCACCCCCAGAAAAAGUUACACGAGUGAACGCAACUUUGGGAAGCACGUGUAUAUUCCCGCUUCUUGUUCAUAAUUACACUAAAGAACCUGCUGAGUUCGUAAUUAAUGUGGAUGACGAUUGCUUCGUCUCUCAGAAAAGCAUCAGUGUUCUACAAUUAGAUAAUAGAACAAUUGAAGUAAUCUUUGAGCCAUCUAAUUUAGAAAAUACGACUGCCACGUUAAGAGCAUCGUCGAAAACUGCUGGAGAUUAUAUAUUUCCUCUAAUUGGAAUUUGUUCAUUACCGAAACCUAUGGGGCCCUAUAUAAUUACACGAGACAUCCCAGCAUCGAUACUAUUCAAAAAUGUUUUUAGAGAAGAAAAAACGUUUGAGUUUCACGUAGAUCCUUCUGAAAUCUUUGAAAUAGAAAUACCAUCAACAAUGUUACACUCCAAACAGAACAUUGAAAUCAAGGUACAUCUCCGAAAAGAAGAAGAGGUCGUAGAUAAAGAGACAGUAAUGGAAGAAAAAUAUCCGGUCACCGGAAAAUUGAUGGUAUACUGCAUUGAUCACACACUUUCUCACGUUAAUUGGAUAUAUUAUGUAAAAGGAAUUUUUGAAUAAAAUAAAAGCUUCGGAAUUUUCUAUAAAUUAACAUGAACCCCCGGGCCCUUAAAUUGAAGUCGCUACUGCCAUAAAUAUAACCAAUCAGCUGUUUCUCCCAGUUGUAGCAUCCGUGAAACAUUACUGCUUUUGGUGUAUAUUUACUUAUAUUCUUAAUUAGAAAUCAUAAUCAAAAGAUCAAUUUGUUAAUAUAAGAAUUUGAUGAAAAUAUACAGAAGAAUAGUGUAAAAAUACGAUCGUUUAGCGUUAAUUUCGAUGAAAGCAUCAUCAGGAUGAAUACCUAACCUCGUUUUUUCUGUACCAUCGGGUAUUCUCGAGCAACCAUGUAAAUCAUCGAAAACAUUCCAAUGUAUCAUUCAAAUCGAGCUUAUCACGCGGAAAGUACAUCCACAUUCUUUUCUGCCGAGUGUGGGAGUUUUUCAAACUUUCCCCUUCGAAUUAACCUCGAUGAAGGUUCUCGCGAGAGCGAGUCGUUGCAUAUACGAAGACUCAUAAUACCGAUACUCGGAAAUAAAUCUUCCACC